AUGCCCAACUUCAUCAUCAAGCUCCCACUUCCGGAGCGAUUCGGCGGUCCUAGACGUGAGACUGUAGCUACAUCUGCUGAGUCUGCGUCGCGACCAAUCCGCAGCACGCGCACGUCCGUCAGCACAUACAACCUGCCUAAGCUCACUGCAACCGCAAUCCACACGCGUACCAAGUAUCUCGAAAAACACCUCAAGAACGUACAGCACGAUCUGUCAGCUACCAAAGGUUUCCCGUCCUCGCUCAAUGCUUCGAACACGAAUACAGGCAAGCUUGCGUCUUCUCGCUCGCGACUAAGCGCUAGGACGGUGCAGUUCCAGCGAUCAGAGGAAGACGAGUCCCACAAGCCGAACGAGUUAGCCGUGCCAAAGGAAGGAGGCGUUCUAUUUACGGAUGAUGCAUUUCCACCCAACAUAGUCGUUGAUACCUCUCAUACGUUUGCCAUGGCCCACCUUGAAGCGUUUGGCACUCUUCCAGAGGAGAUGAAGAAGAUGUUGGAUAGCACAAAGAGGAAGCUUGAGGUAAUGGAUGACCACGCGGCGAAGAUCGACCACUGCAGGGCCAAGAAGAUCAAGAUGGGAAUCUCUUCUGCAGACUUGACGCAGAUAUUCCUGUCAUACCUUGAAACCUUUGGCCAACCUGAUUUCCGCGAGACCAUCUCACUCGCCAGAAUCGAGGAAUCUCUCAUCCAAAUCACUCCGUUUCUGUCCGCCAUAAUAGAAGGUGAAGAUGAUGCCCCUCUCUUCUCUACUACCCUCGUCGCAUGGCUAGACUACCGUCGUAUCCUCCACUCGGUCCACACCUUCCAUACCACCCCGCUCCUCCCCUCCCUGAUUCUGAGUCCCUUCACUAUAAAGAUCAAGAACUCUCGGCUCUUGACUGAGUUGAGGAAGGCACGCAUUAAUUACUUGUCGUCGACGGAGACUGGAGAGUUGCGGGUGUAUGAGGUAUUGGUCGAUGGGUUCGUUGCGCUGCAGAGAACAGUUGGAGAGAGGAAGGAAGUUGGAAACCGAGUUGAGGCGGGAUUGAGAAGGCUGGAAGGGGCAUUGGUAGGGUUGGGCGAAGAGUUGGGGAAGGGGGCGGGACGGUGGGUAGCCUCCGGGAUCGAGUAG